GGGAGCGGUGGUGCUCGCGCGCGAGAGGCUGAGGGCGGCGGAGGCAGAGCGGCAGGCACGGGGCCGACCCGAUCACGCCGGGGCGCCGCCGCCGCCCGCUCCCGCGGUCGUGCAUCCCCUCCCGGUGGGCUGACAGGCAGAUAUGGUCCUGAGCAUCGUGAGCACGUGACUGCAAAGAUGGACAGCUGGAUCCCUUAUAAGUUGUGAUUGGCCUUAAGCUGACUUAGAACCGUUGAAGAACUUGACAGGAUUUUUCUCAUUCCUGAUUUUAUGCCUAUCUAAUUGCCUCUCAACACCAGCUUAAUCAUGUAUGGAAGUGCUCGGUCAGUCGGUAAGGUUGAGCCAAGCAACCAGAGUCCAGGGCGUUCACCAAGGCUGCCACGGUCACCACGCUUGGGCCAUCGUCGAACGAACAGUACAGGAGGUGGUUCUGGGAGUAGUACUGGGGGUGGCAGUGGGAAAACUCUUUCUAUGGAAAAUAUUCAGUCCUUAAAUGCUGCCUACGCUACGUCUGGCCCUAUGUAUCUAAGUGACCAUGAGAAUGUUGGUGCAGACACCCCAAAAAGCACCAUGACCCUGGGCCGAUCUGGGGGGCGGCUGCCUUACGGUGUUAGGAUGACUGCGAUGGGUAGCAGCCCUAACAUUGCCAGUAGUGGAGUUGCCAGUGAUACUAUUGCAUUUGGAGAUCACCAUCUCCCUCCAGUGAGUAUGGCAUCCACCGUGCCUCACUCGCUGCGCCAGGCCAGGGAUAACACAAUAAUGGAUCUGCAGACGCAACUCAAAGAGGUAUUGAGAGAAAACGAUCUGCUUCGCAAGGAUGUGGAGGUGAAAGAAAGCAAGCUGAGCUCUUCCAUGAACAGUAUCAAGACCUUCUGGAGUCCUGAGCUAAAAAAGGAACGAGCUCUGAGGAAAGAUGAAGCUUCAAAAAUCACCAUUUGGAAGGAGCAAUAUAGAGUUUUGCAAGAAGAGAACCAGCAUAUGCAGAUGACUAUCCAGGCUCUCCAAGAUGAGCUUCGGAUCCAGAGGGACCUGAACCAGCUGUUCCAGCAGGACAGCAGCACUAGAACCAGCGAGCCCUUUGUGGCAGAGCUGACGGAGGAAAACUUCCAGCGGCUUCACGCUGAGCACGAGCGCCAGGCCAAGGAACUCUUCCUGCUGCGUAAAACCCUGGAAGAGAUGGAACUGCGGAUCGAGACGCAGAAGCAGACCUUAAAUGCACGUGAUGAGUCCAUCAAAAAGCUGCUGGAGAUGCUGCAGAGCAAAGGGCUGUCAGCAAAAGCCACCGAGGAGGAUCACGAGCGAACAAGGCGGCUGGCUGAGGCCGAGAUGCACGUGCACCACUUGGAGAGCCUUCUGGAACAGAAGGAGAAGGAAAACAACAUGCUGAGAGAGGAGAUCCACCGGCGGUUUGAGAACGCUCCUGACACAGCCAAGACAAAGGCUCUGCAGACUGUUAUUGAGAUGAAGGACUCAAAAAUUUCUUCCAUGGAGCGUGGCCUGCGGGAUUUGGAAGAGGAGAUUCAGAUGUUGAAGUCAAAUGGGGCUCUGAGCACAGAGGAGCGUGAAGAGGAGAUGAAGCAAAUGGAGGUGUACAGGAGUCACUCCAAAUUCAUGAAAAAUAAGGUAGAGCAACUGAAGGAAGAGCUAAGUGCCAAAGAGGUUCAAGGGGAGGACCUGAAAAAAAGAGUGGCUGGUCUCCAGACCGAGGUCUCUGCAAUCGGCCAAGUGAAACAGGAGCUGUCACGCAAAGACACCGAGCUGCUGGCCCUGCAGACAAAGCUGGAGACCCUCACCAACCAGUUCUCUGACAGCAAGCAGCAUAUUGAAGUUCUGAAAGAGUCUCUUACAGCUAAAGAGCAAAGAGCUGCCAUCCUGCAGACAGAGGUGGAUGCGCUGCGAUUGCGUCUGGAGGAGAAGGAGACCAUGCUGAACAAGAAGACAAAGCAGAUUCAGGAGAUGGCAGAGGAGAAGGGGACUCAAGCAGGAGAGAUCCAUGACCUCAAGGACAUGCUGGAGGUGAAGGAGCGCAAAGUGAAUGUUCUUCAGAAGAAGAUUGAAAAUCUUCAAGAACAGUUAAGAGACAAGGAGAAGCAAAUGAGCAGCUUAAAGGAUCGAGUGAAGUCUCUGCAAGCAGACACCACAAACACUGACACUGCCUUGACCACGCUGGAAGAAGCACUGGCAGAAAAGGAAAGGACCAUUGAGCGCCUGAAGGAGCAGCGUGACAGAGACGAGCGAGAAAAGCAAGAGGAGAUCGACAACUACAAAAAAGACAUCAAGGACCUGAAAGAAAAAGUUGGCAUUUUACAAGGAGAUCUCACAGAGAAAGAGACAUCCUUACUGGAUCUGAAGGAGCAUGCUUCAACCUUAGCUUCAUCAGGGCUGAAGAAAGAUUCAAGGCUCAAGACACUAGAAAUUGCCUUGGAACAGAAAAAGGAAGAAUGCUUGAAGAUGGAAACUCAACUCAAGAAGCACCCUGAAGUUUUAUUGAGUCAUCCAUCCAAGCCAGCUCAUGAGGCAACCCUGGAGGCUAGGGCCAGCCCAGAGCUGAGUGAUCGCAUGCAGCAGCUGGAAAGGGAGGUAACUCGCUACCGCGAGGAGUCCAGCAAGGCUCAAGCCGAAGUGGAUCGUCUUCUGGAAAUCCUGAAAGAGAUGGAAAAUGAGAAGAAUGAUAAGGAUAAGAAGAUAGCAGAACUGGAGAGACAAGUUAAAGAUCAAAAUAAGAAAGUAGCAAAUCUGAAGCACAAAGAGCAAGUGGAGAAAAAGAAGAGUGCACAGAUGCUGGAGGAGGCCAGGAGACGAGAGGAUAAUCUCAAUGACAGCUCCCAACAGCUUCAGGACAACCUCCGUAAAAAGGAUGAUCGGAUUGAAGAGUUGGAAGAGGCACUCAGAGAGAGUGUUCAGAUAACUGCAGAGCGGGAAAUGGUGCUAGCACAAGAGGAGUCAGCCAGGAUCAAUGCUGAAAAACAGCUGUAUAAUGAAUCAGUGCAUGAGGUCAACCAUUUUGGCUUUAAGUGGUUCAAGGUAGAAGAGCUGAUGAUGGCCAUGGAGAAAGUUAAGCAGGAGCUGGAGUCAAUGAAAGCAAAGUUGUCCUCUACACAACAGUCUUUGGCUGAGAAGGAAAGCCAUCUGACCAACCUCCGGGCUGAGAGAAGGAAACAUUUGGAGGAAGUGCUGGAGAUGAAACAAGAAGCCCUCCUUGCUGCCAUUAGUGAAAAAGAUGCCAAUAUUGCUCUGCUGGAGCUUUCAUCCUCUAAGAAGAAGACCCAAGAUGAAGUGGCUGCGCUGAAACGAGAGAAGGAUCGUCUUGUGCAGCAGCUCAAGCAGCAGACUCAGAACCGAAUGAAGCUGAUGGCUGACAACUAUGAGGAUGAUCACCUCAAAUCCUCAUCCCACUCCAACCAAACCAACCACAAGCCCUCCCCUGACCAGAUAAUUCAGCCCCUCUUAGAACUUGAUCAGAAUCGCAGCAAGUUGAAGUUGUACAUUGGACAUCUGACAGCCCUCUGCCACGACCGUGACCCCCUGAUCCUGCGUGGACUCACCCCGCCUGCUUCCUACCACCUGGACGAUGACCGGGCAGCCUGGGAGACAGAGCUGCAGAAGAUGACCCAGGAGCAGCUUCGUGACGAGCUAGAGAAGGGCGAGAAGGAGAGCGCGGAGCUGCAGGAGUUUGCCAACGCCAUCCUGCAGCAGAUAGCAGAUCACUGCCCUGACAUCCUGGAGCAAGUCGUCAAUGCCCUCGAGGAGUCAUCCUGACCUCGGCCGCCGGC